AUGCGCGGGCGGCAGUGCGCUUUCCGUCGCGGAAAAGAAGAACUACUUCGUGGGAACGGAAGGGCUUCACACGGCCAGCCAGGCACGCUCGCAGGGCGGGUUCGGGCGAUAUUGCGCCGCCGCGCUGUGCCGCGCCGCGCCGCCAACGCGCUCCCGCGGCGGUUGGGGCAUCCACGAAUCGUUCCGAAAACAAAGGACGGCCGCAAAGCUUAUUUGGGGCCGGUGGGCGAGAGGGAGGGCGCAGUGGAAGUAGACGCAACUGGCGGGAGCGCCCCCGAAAGCGGAAGUUAUGGGCUGGAACGUGAACGAGAAAAUACGUUGGCGAAGAAAGAUCGAACCCCCAGUACGUUAUCCCUGGAUUCUGUGUCGGCAUAGGAUUGUCAAGGAUUAAUGCCGAGGAGCUGAACUCGAUCGUGGGCAAUGCGUUCCGCAUGGCGUACGCCGCGCAGCUCCAGCGCCAGCCCACCUUCCAGGACGUGAUCGCGUCGCAGCUGCACGAGAAGCAGCCGGCGG